AGGAAGCUUACCUGAGAGCAUUGUGUCUUGCUUCUGAAGAAAAUAUCCCACUGGCAUCACGAUCUUGGCUCUGGAAAAAGAAAAGAAAUUCUGUCUUUCCUGAAGCUGAAAGCCAGAGCAAAGCAGAGGUUUGGGUGCAAACGGUUAUCCCUUCAAGCUCUCAAGUAACUGAAGAUUCACUGAGGAGUGAUAUGGAACCUAAAUCAAAGGCAGCCAUUACCUCAUCUGUUCCUCUACCGGGCAGCAUUACUGCCUACUUGGAUGAAAUGCAAGUCCAUCCUUCAUGUGCUAUUAAAAGUAUUAUGAUUGAUGAAGAAACUGGACAGAUUGAAAUUGGGCAAGGAGAAUCUUGGCUGAACAAAUUUAGAAUCAACAGGAACAAGUUGGCAUUUUUGAAGUGCCUGAUUGGGUGGAAAGGAAACAAAACAGCAGUGAAAAAAGUAGAUUCUCCAAAUGCUCCUGGAAUUUGCUCUCCUGACAACCACAGACCGCAUGAGCUGGAUGGAUGCAUGGCAAAAGAAGAACAACCAUAUAUUCCAUACAAGUUAGCUAAAUUAUAUAUUACCAAGAUUGUAAAAGAUAUGCAACAAAUGAAAAUCAGACACAUGAAGGUAAUCAAAGAAUUGGACUGUAUAAGAAAAGAUAGCCAGGAACAGGCCAUAAUUGUUCUAAAGAAUCAUCACAGUGGAAAAAUGAAGAUCCUGAAAGCCCAGUUAGAAGCCUACCAAGAGUUGGUAGACAAGAAAAAUAAGCAAUGGCAAAAUACAGCUAAGAGUCUGAGGGAGAAAAACAGGCAACUGAGCCAAGAUAAUAAAGAUCUUCUUUACCAGAUAAAGCAACAAAAUGAGAAAUGGGCAGAAGAAAAGACUUGGAUUCUAGAAAGUUUCUUUCAAAAACUAGAUCAUCUGUAUGCUCAGCACUCUUUGACACUGCAGAAACUUCAGAGAAUCAGACUGAAUAUGGAAAAAGUGCAAGAGAUUGUGAAUUUAUGCAUGGAUUUUCCUCAGCAAAAAGCCUUAGUUACAGCAGAAAAGGUAAUUGACGAGACGGAGGAACAUGAACAUUUGCUGCAAAAAGAACUUCUGUGGAAAGCACAGGCCAUGCUGGAAAUGGCAAAGCAGUCCUUAUACAAACGAGAGAGAGAGGUAGCUGAACUUCUACAAAGUGAGAGUGGACACAAUGAAACAAUGAAACCUCAACUCACAGUUACAACAUUACUAAAAACUCUUGUGAGCAAGGUCCACACUAUAUAUUGUGAUGUACCUGAGGCACAACAAUGCAUUAAUCAGCUUAUUGAGAAGAAUGAUGCUGAAAGGGCUGAUCGGAAAGAAGAAUUUAAUAAUGCGCAGGCUGACAUCCUGUCCUAUAAAGUUAUUUAUGGAAAUAAACCUAUGGAUUACAAAAGGGAACAGUUUUCAGUGAAGCUUUCCAGAAAUCUUGUGAAUGCAAAGUCUGAAUUAGAAUAUGCUGAAACAGAGAAGAUUGCAUUGGAUUGCAUCCAAAAGGGGGAAAUCCCAGACUGGAUUAGCAAACAUUGUCCAUAUUUAACCUUGACAGAUUCUGACCAAAAAACGUAUGCUGAUGAGAAAAGCCACCUUCCAGAUGAAGUCAUGCAAACACUCAACAGAAAAUCACAGGAUGCUGAUGAGACAAAGGAGCAGCAAGGGAUGCACCAGCUUUGGGCAGAGGCCCCCAUCACACAUGAGGGGGUGUUGUGUGGAAAGGGUGGAGCAGAGAAGCACGUUAUGAAAGAGCCCUGGAGCGAAAACUGAUUGACAGAGUGGGCAAAACUUUCAAAAGCACUUAAAUAAUGCAGAAGCCUAAGUCCCAUUGGCUUUCAAUGGGACUUGGUUCCUCAGUCACUUGGGUGCUUUUGGAAUUGUGACCCCAAGUUUAGAAGCAUUCUACUAUAAUUUUUAAAAAUCUGGCCUGAACCCACAAUGGGAUUGCAUGGAUGGGACCCCUUGUGCCCACCCAGAACUCCAUUAACUUAACAAGGUCUGUGAGUGAUCAAAGGGAUGCAUCCACACUGAUCACAUUGCAGCAUCAGGACCUAAAGUAUGUAACAUUCCUACUUUCAUUAACAGGAAUAGAGCUGGUCAGAAAAUGACUUUUUAAAAAAUAUACACAUUUAUAUUUGCAAAAAUAAAUGUCCACUCUUCAGCAAAACGAUAGAAACUUUCCCACCAGCACUAAAGCUGGUUGAAAUGCUACAGAAAAUGUUUGCAAUUUCUAUUUGUUUGUUGUUAAAGAAAUUGCAUACAAUGAAACAUUUCCAGUCAGCUCUAAACAGGAAAAUUGAGUUUUACAAAUGGUUCAUCACUUAUUUAUUAUUUUUGUUAGCGAAAGAAAACCACAGUUCUGACUGCUUCCCAACUAUUUUUUGACAUACAAAUAAAAAUAUUUUAAAUGUUUGUAUUUAGAAAAGUUUGUCUAAAUAUUGAUAGUUCCAUUUGCGUUUAAAUUCAUGUUGGUUUUG